AUAAAGCGGCAGACGCACAGGGUGCCCCGCAGCCGCUCGGGCCGGUCGCCGCUGCCCAGAAGCUGCUCCGAUGCUCCAGAGCGGUCAUGGGCGUCCCGCACUGGUGGGACCAUCUGCGGGCUGGCAGCUCGGAGGUGGAUUGGUGCGAGGACAACUACACCAUCGUGCCUGCCAUCGCCGAGUUCUACAACACGAUCAGCAACGUCUUGUUUUUCAUUUUACCUCCCAUCUGCAUGUGCCUGUUCCGCCAGUAUGCGACGUGUUUCAACAGCGGCAUCUACUUAAUAUGGACUCUCCUAGUUGUAGUGGGAAUUGGAUCUGUCUACUUCCAUGCAACUCUCAGCUUCCUGGGUCAGAUGCUUGAUGAACUUGCCAUCCUUUGGGUUCUGAUGUGUGCUCUGGCCAUGUGGUUUCCCAGGAGGUAUUUACCAAAGAUCUUCCGGAAUGACAGGGGCAGGUUCAAGGCAGUGGUGUGUGUCCUGUCUGCAGUUACAACGUGCCUGGCGUUUGUCAAGCCUGCUAUCAACAAUAUCUCUCUGAUGACUCUAGGGGUCCCAUGCACUGCCCUGCUCAUUGCAGAACUGAAGAGGUGUGACAAUGUCCGUGUGUUUAAGCUGGGGCUCUUCUCUGGCCUCUGGUGGACCCUGGCCCUCUUCUGCUGGAUCAGCGACCGAGCCUUCUGUGAGCUGCUCUCCUCCGUUCACUUUCCGUACCUGCACUGUGUGUGGCACAUCCUCAUCUGUCUUGCUGCAUACCUGGGCUGCGUGUGUUUCGCCUACUUUGAUGCUGCCUCAGAGAUACCCGAGCAAGGUCCAGUUAUUAGAUUCUGGCCCAGCGAGAAAUGGGCCUUUAUUGGUGUCCCCUAUGUGUCCCUCCUGUGUGCCCACAAGAAGUCGUCGGUCAAGAUCACAUGAGGACAAGGCAGUGGCUGGCUUCUCUACUUAUUUCUCUUCCUGCACUGGGCUUCAUUUGCUAGCAAAGAUAGC